UCUUCACAUAUUCAGAAAUCACUGAAAGCUCGAGUUCCGGCAGAAUAACACAGAGUGCUGCUGUUCAGAGUGCAGUAUGAACGAGACUACAACCUCAGACGGACUGACGGAUUUCAUGUCUGACAAUUACAGCGACACGUAUAACUACACGUAUGAAGAAGGUGCCGUGUGUGACACAGACAGUGGUUUCCAAAGUAUCUUCUUGCCGUGUGUGUACUCUCUCGUGUUCGUCCUGGGCAUCGUGGGGAAUGGCCUGGUUGUGGUCAUCAUGGGCUACCAGCGGAGACACCGCACCAUGACCGACAAGUACAGGCUGCACUUGUCCGUGGCUGACCUGCUCUUCGUCUUCACCCUGCCCUUCUGGUCCAUCGAUGCCAGCCACAACUGGUACUUUGGAAUCGUGCUGUGUAAGUUCGUCAACGUCAUUUACACCGUGAACCUAUACAGCAGUGUUUUAAUUCUGGCUUUCAUAAGUCUUGAUCGCUACUAUGCGGUUGUGCAUGCAACCAACAGCACCGGACCGCGGAAGAUGUUGGUUAAUCGCUUAGUCUAUGUGGGCGUCUGGUUACCAGCGAUUCUUCUCUCAGUGCCUGAAAUGGUCUUCGCGAAAACCGAAUAUCUCAAUGGCAGGAUGAUUUGCGAACGCAUUUACCCAACGGAAAAUUACCAGUCUUGGUUUAUCGCUUUCCGCUUCCAAGAGAUAGUAGUGGGGUUCGUCCUACCUGGUCUGGUUAUCCUGAUAUGCUACUGCAUCAUCAUCUCUAAACUCUCCCAUUCCACGGGCUUCCAGAAGCGCAAAGCCUUGAAGAUCACCGUUAUCCUGAUCGUGACUUUCUUUAUCUGCUGGCUCCCCUAUUGCUUCGUGAUCUCACUCCACACCGUGAUGCUCAUGAAGGGCAGCGACUAUUCGUGCGAGAUGGAGAACAUCGUCUUUGCAUCGAUAACCAUCACCGAGGCAUUCGCCUUUUUUCACUGUUGUCUGAACCCCAUUUUAUAUGCCUUUGUCGGGGUAAAUUUCAAAAGUUACACCCGAAGAGUCUUCAGCCACUCCAAUCACACCAGAUGCUCCUCACUGAAAACACUGCAAGGGAAAGACAGAAGGGGGACCCACCCAUCAGUUUCCACCGAGUCAGAGUCAUCCAGUCUUCAGUCCAGUUGCUAAAUUAUUUGGUGUGAAAUUAAAGAUUGUUGCAUUAUUCCAAAAUCUUUUUCUUGUCAAUGUUUUCAUGUCUUUGUACUAUUUGAAUGUUGCAGUUGCUAUUUAUACAACCGGUUAUUUAUGUCUCCAAAUCAAUGUUACUUUUCCUAUGAAUACAUUUUAUACUAUUGCAUUUUUUACUAGUUUUAAAUCAUCGAGUUAAAAAGAGAAUAUCUUGUAAACUUUAAGUGCAAAUUUGUUUUUUCUCCAGUGUAAAUAAGGCUUGUCAUUAAACAAUCUGGCUUCUUUAUUUUGCUUGUGUAGCUGUAAAACUGUUUAUGGAAUUAUGUUACCACUGAAAUUGA